AUGGCGGAACAUAGCAGAGUGACUACAGAUACUUCCUCAUAUUCUGGUAUCUCGGUGAUUGCAAUCAAUCGCCCUGAUAGGAAGAAUGCCGUCGACCCCUUGACUGCGAAGGCGCUCUAUGAAGCCAUUCUUGUUUUUGAGGAUGACCCGAAGCAAAAAGUGUGUGUCCUGACAGGUACUGGCAGUAGCUUUUGCGCAGGAGCCGACCUCCAUAAAGUUGCACAGGCAAACGACGACAAACCCGGCGACAACCUCCAACCUAUCGCUGGACGCAACUUGGGGCCAAUGGGUCCCUCCAGACUCAUUAUAAAAAAGCCAGUCAUAUGUGCUAUCUCCGGGUACGCCGUCGCAGGAGGACUAGAGCUGAGUCUACUUGCGGAUAUGCGCGUGGUUGAAGAAGACGCAGUCUUCGGUGUCUUUUGUCGACGCUGGGGUGUGCCUCUGAUUGAUGGAGGAACUGUCCGGUUGCAAGCCAUUGUCGGGCUUGGUCGUGCCUUGGAUAUGAUAUUGACCGGUCGGCCUGUGAGCGCCCAGGAAGCGCUGGCCAUGGGACUUGCCAGUCGGGUGGUUCCUAAAGGAGAAUCAUUAAAGGAAGCUAUUGGGAUAGCAAGGCAGCUCAUCACAUUCCCUGAGAUAUGUCUCAACACAGAUCGCCAGUCGUGUUACUACAGUGUGUAUGAGGCAUCUUCGUUCCAGGAUGCGAUGUCCCAGGAGUUCAAUGCUGGGAGCAAGGUGAUUUCGCAGGAAGCCAUCGCAGGUGCAGCGAAGUUUAGCAAAGGCUCAGGGCGGCAUGGUAGCUUCAAGGAUCAUAGCAAGCUGUGA